AAUCAAAGUGAAAAUGUCGUCGGUUCAGAAAUAUAACUGCAAGAAGAAGAUGAAGAGAGUUGAUGAAUGUCCAGUUCCGCCGCCGCGCUUCACCAACUCGCCGGCGAUGGCACAGCUAAACCUGUUCCACCCCGAGGAAUUGGCGUCUUCAUCUGCCAACCCGCCGCCGUCCCAUUUGGACACCGCUCUUCGCUUAAGCAGCGGCAUCUCGGGCCAGCAGGCGCCGGAGCAAAGCGGAGUAGACUCGGAAUGGUUGUCGUCUUUAAAGGCCUACGCCGCAUCGUUGCGCAAUGGAGACGGCGGCAAGGACGUUCAUCAUCCCCGUCCUGCGACUCUUCAUGAUCUGCACAAAGAUCAUCCCGUUAUCCAAAAUAUUGCCAAGAUCUAUAGUGAUCGUGUGAAGGAUAUAAUGGCAGAAAUGUGCACUCAACAUCUGGUGGCUCUCUUGACGGCGGAGCAGAGGGUUAUGAACAACAUGAAAGAAAGGCAAGAUGAAAUGUUGGGCAGAGUUAGGGCACACAACGCUGAAUUAGAGAAUACGCUGGCUUCUUACAGAGCCCACGCGGCGAAGCUGGACGAGAAGCUGAGGACUCUCCAGCGGACCAACGCUUCUCUAAGGGAGGCUCUUCACCAAGCCACUCUUCACGGCGGCGGGAAUGAGCGGCCGCCCACGGAACCACCGCAUGGCGUGCUGCUGGAGGAGGACGCCCAAUCAUCGUCGGUAGAUCCAGAGCACUCUGACCCUGUUAGGAUCAAGUGCCGGCUUUGCGGCCGCCGGACUGCGACCGUGUUGCUCUGGCCUUGCCGCCAUCUCUGCCUGUGUAAGCGGUGUGAGGCGUUUGCCAAACGGUGCCCGGUGUGCGCGACGGAGUUCCUAUGCAACCUCGACAUUAAUUUUUCCGGCUGUGAAUAGCGACAAUUUUAAUACUCCGUACUUGUCAAAUAUACAAAUUGUGUACGUGAUUAUUUAUUAUUGCUUUGAAAUAAAAAAAAUGUAGCCCAAAGACGAAAGUGUAUAUUGGAGUACAUUUGGGGUACAAUUUAUAUCAUAACAACUUAUAUAGUUAUAUCAUAAGGAGUAAAUUCUUGCCUGAUUCUGUCAAAAAAAUAAUCUUGC